GUGGGUAUGAGCAGUAGGCACGCGACAGGCAACGAUUCUGUUUUGCGGGAGCCCGCUUUGGGUGAGCACCAGAGGACAGUGGGUAAAACUUGAGGGGAUGAUAGGAUCUCCAAAAUGCUUUUGCAAAGAAAGGAUGUGUGUUUGAAAGGGAGUGUUGAACGAAAAGGCAAGAUGCUAAAGUGUUAAUAGGGUGAAAGUGUUAAUAGUGUUGGUGAAGAUAGCAUGGGAGCAGGGAUCUAAACUGGGCAUCCAUGAAUGAAUGUGUAAGAGAAACCAGGCACUCACCAAGGCACAACAUGGUGGGCAUUGUCUAGAGAAAGGGAGACUGGAAAUCAACUUUCCAAGGAAGGUUGGCAAAAGCACAGAAAUUCACAAAGUGGGGAAAGGAAAAAAAGAACUCCAAGGCAGGGCACAUCAAGAAGUGCCACCAAGGAAGAAAAAUUAAAACUGGGCAGCAAGAAAGUUAAACAAAGGAUUGAAAAAGUUAUGCUGGCACAAGACAACUUGACUUCAAAUAAACUGAUGGAUCAAACCUACUUCAUACAUAACUAAUUUAUCCAAUUACUGCCUCAGCAUCACUUUUACUCAAGCAUUGUCCUGCUCUGUUUAAUUGCAAAUUUCAGUAUCAGAGGAUUCCAGAUAGACUCACUCCAAGUGUCCAGAGGCUUCCCUUCUGGAAAGGUUUAUCAACAGCAGGGUGUGCAACUGCAGCUUGCAACCCUACAGGUGGGGGACUUCUAUAGACUCCACCAGCCUUCUUCUUGUCCCUCUGAUCUUCAGCCCCAUUCCAUGGGGUUGGAUGGCAUGUAUGAGAAGAGCAGAAUGCUGAAUAUACAAAACAGCACAUGGAGUAGUCGUCAGGAGUGGUACCAAGACAGUUUGGUGACAGGACAACUCAACCCUGACAGCUGUCAGCAGCUAGAAAGUAGCUUGGAUUCUGAGCACCCCCAAGGUGGUAGCAACCAAGAUCUGGAUGACUCCCAAAUCCAUUUGCAGUUGAAGCGCAAAUUGCAAAGAAACAGAACUUCUUUUACACAGGAGCAAAUAGAGGCACUGGAGAAAGAAUUUGAGCGUACUCAUUACCCUGAUGUCUUUGCCCGUGAACGCUUGGCAGCAAAAAUUGAUCUGCCCGAAGCCCGGAUCCAGGUCUGGUUCUCCAACCGUCGAGCUAAAUGGCGUCGGGAAGAGAAACUGCGAAACCAGAGGCGUCAAGCAGGUGGCACUGGGGGGCACCUGAUCAUAAACAGCACUUUUGGCCCUGUAGGCAGUGGUGUCUACCAGUCACUCCCCCAGUCUUUAGGGUCAGGUGCUAUGCUGGGCCAUACAGAAAGUGUCCUCAGCAACAACUAUGGUUCUCUCCCACCUAUAGCCCCCUUCUCCAUGGCCAACAACGGCCUCCCUAUUCAGCAGGCAGUGCCCCCAGUUGCCAGCCAGUCGUCAUCUUAUUCCUGCAUGCUCCCUGGCAGCCCGUCAGUGCGAAGUUAUGAUUCAUACGCACCCUCCCAACUCCCCUCUCACAGUCUGAAUGCCAGCAGUGGGACCUCUACUGGGUUGAUCUCUCCCGGAGUGUCAGUUCCUGUACAAGUCCCAGGUGGGGAUGCUGAUCUUGCCCAGUAUUGGCCCCGACUGCAAUGAACACAAAAGUGAUGGAGGAAAAAAAGCAAACAAAUGAAAAGGGAAGAUUAAUGGAGAGAAAAGGGCUUUUCCUCUGCAAAGGCAAAUGCAGGAGUGGUGAAAAACUCUCAGGGAGGGGAUGGCACACAGGGAGAACUUCCCUGCCCUUCCCUCUUUGUGUCUUUAGGUUAGGACUGUCUUGGUUCUAAUGCAAUGUGUUUCAACCUUGGUAACUUUAGGAGCUGUGGACUUCAACUGACAGAAUUGCCCACCCAGCAGGGGGAAUUCUGGGAGUUGAGAUCCACACCUCUUGAAAUUGCCAAGGUUGAAGAACACUGCUCUAAAGCUUCUCUUGCCUUCUUCAACAUCUCUGUGUGCAUCCAUAGCCGUUCUAUUGCCUUCCUUGCCCAAUUGGCAUUCUGUCCCAUGAGCCUCCUCUUCUUGUUUGGCUCUAGAGUAUCUGCAAGGUCUAGUCAAAGAAGUCAAGAUGAAGGCCAAGCUUCAAUGAAACUGCUGUAUCCUCCAUCUUGGGUUUUGGUUUUUUUAACCAGACCUUGCAGACACUCUGUUUGGCUCCCAGCGAGAACAGUGAGAAUCAGAACAAAAAACAGGUCAGGAAAAAGAAGGGAAAGGAACAUCUUUGGAUGAAUCCAGCAUAAAGGAUUUGAGGAGGAGGGAGAGGGGCAAAGAGAAUUAGUGCUCCUUGCAGGAAUAGCUGCAAAUGGCAGGAAAUGAAUAAUGAAAGGUAUAAAAGAAAGUUGGAACCUUCGACAGUAAUGCUUAGCAAAAUCUGAAAAGGAUGGCAAUGAUUAUCAUUCAUUCAUUCAUUUACUUCCAUACUAUUUAUUUAUCAGACUUCUAAUUCCCACCUUUCAUAUGGAAAUCUUGUGAAAGGAUGGGAUUCAUGUAGUGGGAAGCCCAAGAAAGUUAAUGGGAGGAAAAGUAUGUACCAAUCCUCUUUUGACCUAUUGCAAAAGUCUGUAGGGAAAGCAUAGCAUUCCUACUAUGGGCAAGUUUUGCAAAGGAUUGUGGGGGUGAAAAAACCCUCCUGUAGUACCAUGGAAAAAUUAGGUGGUGCAAAGGUUACCAGUGUUACUUCAUUGAUGUGUGAUAUUCAGUGUUUGUUUUUUUACAAAAUUGCCCUUUAACUCAUUUCCCAUAACCUAGUUUCUGCUAUCUCCCUUGUUCCACAUGUUUUCUCUUGUGCAUGCAAUUCAUUUAGCUGAAUUUUACAUGGGUCUCAGAGCUUGGGACAUCUGCCCUCCCUCUAACCACUUACACAAACACACACACUACCGGUACUUGUAAGUUUAAACUGUUUCAUGUGUGUUAAUAAAGGACCUAUGUACAUAAUACUCUAUAUGUGUGCAUUGUGUGUGCACAUGCAUGCAUGCUCAUGUGAACAAUAUAGUCACAUCAUCCCAGUUUUAGGCAAUACGGUCUUAUGCCAGAACUGGGGUAGUGGGGUGUAAUGGGAAAGAUAAAAGAAUAAAUAGAGCAAGAGAUAAUGUAUUAUUACAAUGCAAAAAUGUAGUAAACAUCUAUUAAAGCUUCAUUAAAGAAAAGCAAAACUCAAUGUCAACUUUUCUGCAAGUGCAUUCAGUUUGAUUUCAGCUUUGGAUGUUGUGGAGGAGAUUUAGAACCUGUCCAUUAUAAGUUAGUGUUAAAGCUGCCUCUUGCUCUUUCUCAGCUCUUUUUCAGUUUAUCAGGAAUGCUUUCUCUUGUAUUACCCUAUCUUUUAUUCAGCAAGCAUCUCCCACCUUGGUCUGCCUUGCUUUUAGUUACGGCGUGUGGUUUGGGGUGCUGAACAACAGAGAGAGCUGUAUUAGACGCUAAACCACAUGAAGAUUGUUGUUGAUGCAGGACAUAGUAAACCUCUGUGCAUUACUUGAAGGGCUGAGCAAUUGUAGUCUGCUCCAGAUUUUUUUUUUAAUAAAACAAGAAAACAAGAAUAAAUGAGGCAAGAAAAAAGCUAUGAAAUUAUGCAAAGAUAAUGGGGUUGUAUCCAGGACGAAGAACACAGAACUAGGGGAGGGAGAAAUGAGAUGCAGAACUCAAAUAUUUAAGUGUUAAGGCUAGUUCAACUCACUAAUAACACAGGGGUCUGAUGAACUCACACUGGAGAUUGGAUACAACAAGAAUAAGAAGAAAAAUCCACUGCUAUCUGGCUAUGGAGUUCUGAAGUUGGAUGCCGGUAUGGCAACCCAACGGGCCUCCAGACAUUAACUCACACUGAUCUCUGGGAGUGGAGAAUCCAAUAUUAGAGGGAGAAAUGGAACAAUUUUCCUCAUUUUUAUAUAUUGUAAUCAUAUUCCAUUUCCAUUUCUGAUUUAAAAAAAGAACCCUGCAGAUCAACUCCUUUGUGAAAUGCAAACAAUGCAGUAGCCUUUUUGGUAGCAUAUGGGAAGGUGAAAAAACAUUGUGAAAUGUUUUUCUUGCAUUAGAAAUUAAUCUCUCAUCAAUAGUGAGGAUCUUUCCAGUGAAUAAGCAUAGGGUUGUUUCCUUCUGAUUCUCGUCUGUAAAAUAGAUAUCUCCAAUGAAAAUGGGGGUGGGAUGGGUGUCAGAAGCAUUAUUUAUAGCAGUGGUUCUCAACCUUUCUAAUGCCGCGACCCCAUAAUACAGUUCCCUAUGUUGUGGUGACCCCCAACCACUUAUACAUCACCGAGUGCCAGGGGCGUGGCCAAAGAAAAGGGGGGA